UUGUUUGCUAGCUGCUGUUAGCUUGCUGGCUAACAGCGUCAGGCUGCAAUGUUUCAUUGUUUGAGGAGAAAGCAUCAGUGAAAUGCUAGGGCUAACGUUAGCUGGAUUAUAAAGUCCUAUGGUUAGUUUUUGGGAUCAUCAAACUAAAUUUCGUCCUGUGCACUGUCGUUUUAGCCAGAACUCAUGGGCUGUAAACAAGCUGUAAUUUAUUGGCAACUAGGCUUACUGUUAUGCCGUCUGUUUCACUGCACGUCAACCUGACAUAACUUCAGUUAGCAGGGAACAUAAGCAAAAAUAUUGACCUAAAUGCACCUGCUACUGGGAACCAAACAUAACAAUUUGUUUCCUACUGGGAGUCAGGGACAUGGUCACGUGACUGCACUAUAACAGAUGUAAACUUGGAACAGCAUCUGUCGCAGCAGUGGCUGUUGGCACAAUGGGACUGGACUUUGAUGUAAAGACAUUCUGUCACAAUCUGCGGGCCACCAAGCCCCCUUACGAGUGCCCUGUGGAGACUUGUCGUAAAGUCUACAAGAGCUACAGUGGCAUUGAGUAUCACCUUUACCACUAUGACCAUGAUAACCCAACUCCUGCACAGACUGUGCCCCAAAAGAAGAGAAAAGGACGGCCACCUCGCGCCUCAUUGGCCGGGUCAGGUGAUACAGACGAUGGUGGAGGUAAGGGAGGUGGAGGACCGGGGCAUGGGGGGAACACACCUGGUAGCCCCAACCGGUCAGAUCACUCUCACUCCCCGGGCAGAGAGACAAUGACCUAUGCCCAGGCACAGCGCAUGGUGGAGCUGGAGUUUCAAGGACGCAUCCAACGCAUUAGCAUCUUUGAGAACAUUGACGUGGUGUCAGAGGAAGACAGUGAUGCAGAGGAUGCACUUCCAUCUGGUACUGGUGGUAGUGGCGGAGGGGUGUGUAACGGUAGUGAUGGUGGAGCUGGAGGCAGCGAGGUUGGAGGUAGUGGCAAGGACCGGCCAGAUAUCCCAUCCUCUAAUGGGGGAAAAUCCACUCCAAAGUCUGGGAAGCAUAAGAGUAAGGAAAAGAAGAAGGAUGGCUCGUCUCAUCAUCACAGCGCUCUGUCCGGCCCUGCAGUCAAGCUCCCUGAGGCGGUGUUCAGAGAGCUGGACCAAGAGAGACCUGAUGCCCCUCCUCGACCAUCAUCUUACUACAGGUACAUUGAUAAGUCUGUGGAGGAGCUGGAUGAGGAGGUCGAGUAUGACAUUGAUGAGGAAGACUACAUCUGGCUUGACAUCAUGAACGACAAGCGGCGGCGUGACGGUGUUACACCCAUCCCUCAAGAAGUCUUUGAGUACCUCAUGGAUCGCUUGGAGAAGGAGUCGUACUUUGAGAGCCACAACAAGGCUGACCCCAGUACCCUAAUCGAUGAAGAUGCUGUCUGCUGCAUCUGUAACGAUGGCGAGUGUCAGAACAGCAAUGUGAUCCUGUUCUGCGACAUGUGUAACCUGGCAGUGCACCAAGAAUGCUAUGGUGUUCCAUACAUCCCAGAGGGCCAGUGGUUAUGUCGUCGCUGCCUGCAGUCGCCAAGUAGAGCUGUGGACUGUGCUCUCUGUCCCAACAAGGGAGGUGCUUUCAAACAGACAGAUGAUGCACGCUGGGCACACGUUGUGUGUGCCCUCUGGAUCCCGGAGGUCUGCUUUGCUAACACAGUCUUUCUGGAGCCAAUCGACAGUAUUGAGCACAUUCCUCCUGCACGCUGGAAGCUCACCUGCUACAUCUGCAAGCAGCGUGGUUCAGGUGCCUGCAUCCAGUGUCACAAAGCCAACUGUUACACAGCUUUCCACGUCACCUGUGCCCAGCAGGCGGGCCUCUACAUGAAAAUGGAGCCUGUCAGAGAGACUGGGGCCAACGGCACCUCUUUCAGCGUCCGCAAGACAGCUUACUGUGACAUCCACACGCCUCCAGGAUCAGCACGGCCUUUAGGAGGUGUGGGCGGCACCAGCAUGGGUUCGUCUCACAGUGAAGGAGAGCUGGAGGAGGAUGACGAGCCUAGCAUUGGCCAUGAUGAUGACUCCAAGGGCUGGAGCUCUGAGCGAGCCAAGAGGGCGAAGGCCAAGUCCAGGCUGAAGAUGAAAAGAGCGAGGAAGAUCUUGGCUGAAAGGAGAGCUGCUGCGCCAGUGGUGUCUGUUCCCUGCAUACCUCCCCAUAGGCUGAGCAAAAUCACCAGUAACUUGACGGUACCCAGGAAGAGCCAGUUCAUGCAGCGACUUCACAGCUACUGGACCCUGAAGAGGCAAAGUCGUAAUGGUGUACCUCUGCUACGCCGGCUCCAAACCCAUCUGCAGUCCCAACGACACAUUGACCCACUCCCACCACAACCUCCAUCACAGCUCCCUCCGGUGACUUGUGUAAUUAGGGACAGCGAGGAGAAACAAUCUGCUUUAAAGGAGCAGCUGAAGGCAUGGCAGAGACUUAGACACGACCUGGAGAGAGCCAGGCUACUGGUGGAGCUCAUCCGAAAGAGGGAAAAACUCAAAAGGGAGACGAUUAAGGUGCAGCAGAUGGCGCUGGAGAUGCAGCUGACUCCCUUCCUGGUGCUGUUGAGGAGUACUUUGGAGCAGUUACAGGAAAGAGACAUUAACAACUUUUUUACUGAGCCUGUACCACUGGCAGAGGUGCCAGACUACCUGGACCACAUUGACACUCCAAUGGACUUCCAGACCAUGUGGAACCUGCUGGAGUCCCAUCACUACCUCACUUUUGAGGCAUUUGAGGCAGACUUUGGCCUCAUUGUCAACAACUGCCUAAAGUAUAACGCCAAGGACACAGUCUUCUACCGCGCUGCCCUGCGACUCAGGGAGAUGGGCGGGGCUGUCAUAAGAACCGCCAGGCGCCACGCUGAACGGAUAGGCUUUGACUAUGAGGCUGGCAUACACCUCCCCCGAGAGCCGAGCCCAGACAGUCAGCGUGACCAAGACAGAGACCGAGACAGAGACAGAGAGAGGGAACGGGAAAGAGAACGAGAACGGGAACGAGAACGGGAGCGAGAGCGGGACAGAGACAGAGACAGAGAACGAGAACGAGACCGGCCAUUGUCCUCUAAUGAAGAAGACCUGCUCCUGCCAGAGAACAGGCGACGGCUGCCACUGGAGGAGCAGCUGCAUUACUUACAGGCGCGUCUUGAUGAGGUCAGCUCGGGAAAGCACAGCAUUGGUCAGUCUCGUAGAGCCAAAGCUCUGAGAAAGGAGAUCAGCGUAAUCAAGAGGAAGCUUGCGCAUCAGCGGGAGGGAGGCUCCGUUAUGGGGGGCCGGGAGUCUGUGGGAGGAGGAGACCGGGGUAUUUCCCUCCCCCAUCACCCAUCCUCUUCGGGACACCACGAUGAGGGGGGGGAAAGCAGCAGCCAGGAGAUUGGUGGUAAAGAUUUGAGUGUAUCCUCGUCUGCCCUGGCUCCAGAGGUGGGCCGUCGAACAUCUGUCCUCUUCUCCAAGAAGAACCAAAAAAUGGCUGGACCCCCCAAAAGGCCAGGACGCCCUCCCAAGAACCGGGAUGCUGGCUACGCUGGGGCGGGGUUGAGCCAAAGCCCUAUCGGUCCACCUCAGUUGCCCCUGUUGUCACAAAACAGGCAGAGGAAGAGGCCCCGCAGCCCGCGCAGCAGCUCCAGCUCUGACAGCGACAGUGACAAUGACGACCUGCUCCCAGGUUUGCCAAGUAACGGUUUCGAUGGAGGAAACCAGCCAGUAACGGAGAGCUUCCGCGUGUACAGAAGUGAGUCCCGUCUCCCUCGUUCCAGCUCAGACUCUGAGUCCACAACCAGCAGCAGCAGCAGUGCAGCUUCUGACAGGACCAGUGACUUCCUGGAGUCUUGUCAUCACUUUGAUGUUGCCAGGCAGCCAGCGGAGACUCCAGGAAGUCACUGCACCCGGCCCCUGGUCACCAGGAAACAUACGACCCCCUCUAAGCAGGGCAGAGGAAAGGCGUCGUUCUCUCGCUCUGCUUUCCAGGAGGACAGCAGUGAGGAGACAUCGGGCACUGAAAAUGAUUCCUACUCGGUUGGAGGAUCGCGGAGUGUUUCACAUUUGGUGCGUGGUCGGGCCAGGUCUGGAUGCUGGAUGACCUCUGAUGACUAUUCUUCUCUGGAAGCUCUGGACCUGGUGUGGGCCAAGUGCAGAGGCUAUCCUUCAUAUCCAGCUCUGAUAAUUGACCCGAAGAUGCCCAGGGAGGGGGUGUUCCAUCGCGGUGUCCCGAUCCCUGUCCCGCCUUUGGAUGUGCUGAAACUAGGGGAGCAAAUGACCCAGGAGGCCAGGGAGCACCUUUUCCUGGUCCUCUUCUUUGACAACAAGAGAACUUGGCAGUGGCUGCCGCGCUCUAAGCUGGUGCCGCUCGGGGUGGACCAGGAGCUGGACAAGGAGAAGAUGCUGGAGGGAAGGAAAUCCAACAUCCGCAAGUCAGUGCAGGUGGCCUACCACCGUGCCAUGCAGCACCGCAGCAAGGUGCAGGGAGACCCCAGCAGCGAGACCAGUGAUAGUGACUGAAAACACACACACACACACACAAACACCUUAUGCGUUGGUCCCUGCAGGUGUUGUUGAGUAUACGUUUCUCAGUCGAGAGCCCAGCCCUCCAUCACAGAACACAAGAAACCGUGCCAGUAGCACAGAGUGGGUAAAAAAAAAAUAAACAUCCACUUCAUUGGCCCCAAGACACACACACACACACACAUCAUGCAAACUAAGCCGUAUUUAAUCUGACGUGUAAAAUAUUGUAUUUAAGAGAAUUAAAAAAAAUGGAAUUAAUAAUAAUGAUGGAAAAAUAUGCUAUGUUUCGAAUCACCAAUCAAAAAUAUUCCUCAUAUGUGGUUGAUAUGUUUAUUAACAAAUGAGAGGAUGGUUUACAGACUCAAGAAAUGAACAGUGUUACACAUACACAACUCUAAUUUUACAUUUGGACAGGGAAAUGCCAUCACCCCAACACAUCUUCACAUAUCGCCCACCUCUCUGAGAAAAAAAAAAAAACUAGGCCUGGUGCUAGUGUCGCGUCAUUUGUCAGUGGAGCACAAAGAGAGACUAUUACAGCCUCAACUGUGGGCAAACCAACGUUGAUGUUAUUUAUUCUGCUUACUUCUUAACAAGGUCCACAAGCUCGUUUUUAUCAUGGACUACUUCUAAUCACUCCUGCUACACAAGACACCAUUGUGUGGUCCUUUUUUUCGUCUGUCACUCUGUGUUCAUCAUGUCUCCUGUUUUUACGAUUUUCUUAAUGUACGUCUGUCACACAGGCCGCUGGUCAAUGAAUAAUGAGGACUAAACUGAAACACAUGAUCGCCUCACUGUCUGUCUUAGUUUCAGGCUGAUGGCUUUAGAACUUUUAUAUAUACAGAUUGCAUAAAGAUAGAAGUUUAAUAAAAAAGAAUUGAGUUUUUUAAA